AUGUUUCAGGAUUUCUCUGACCCGAGAGACAUGGCCAAACAGCCGGCCAGCGCUCCUACUGGCUACAUCCCGGUGCCGCAGCCCGACGGAGCUGCCGGACUUACAACAAACAAACCGGACAACGCGGCUGUGUGCCCGCCGCACGCGUCUCACCAUCACCCAGCGCCUCAGCCACCUCCGCCGUGCAACGAGAGCAAAACUUUUUGUCCCACGGAAAAUAAACCGGGAGAACUGGACACCAGUAAAGCGUAUGGGACGUUUAAAAGCAACGCUCCUACGGUCCCUGGAUCAAUGGCCGUUAACUCGGCCUUCCGGAAGGAUUCCGCCGGUUCUGCCCGCGGGGGGUCCGCCCAGUACGGCGACCCGCUCCUGUCCACCGCAGAGCAGAACAACACCGCGAGCAACUGGACGGCUAUGAGCCAGACCACCAUCAUACUGGGAACAGAUGGGAACACGUCUGUUCAGCCCGGCACCGUGACGGGGGCAGACGAUGAUGACGAAGAGGGAGAUGAGAAUAAGGCCAGAGGAAACUGGUCCAACAAACUGGAUUUUAUUCUGUCUAUGGUUGGCUAUGCGGUGGGACUGGGGAACGUGUGGAGGUUCCCUUAUCUUGCCUUCCAAAAUGGUGGAGGAGCUUUUCUAAUCCCCUACCUGACAAUGUUGGGCAUUGCCGGGAUCCCAAUCUUUCUGCUGGAGGUGUCCCUGGGCCAGUUUGCCAGCCAGGGGCCCGUGUCAGUGUGGAAAUGCAUCCCAGCUCUGCAAGGUUGCGGGAUUGCCAUGUUGAUAAUAUCUGUCUUGAUAGCCAUAUACUAUAAUAUUAUAAUGUGCUGGACACUGUACUACCUGUUCGCUUCGUUGAAGGGCUCACUGCCAUGGGCUAACUGUAGGAAUGAGUGGAACACGGUGGAAUGUAAGGACAAAGACAUGCUGCUGUUAGACUCGUGCAUCCUGCGGGACAGAAACAUCACCUCCAUCAAGAACUCCACAUUCUGUCUGUCCGCCAACACUGUGGGAAACCUGACGAAACUGUUAAACAUGACUGUGGAUGGCAACAAAACCUACGUCAGCCCCAGUGAGGAGUACUUCAAGUACAAUGUGUUGCACAUCUCCAAAGGAAUUGAAUAUCCAGGAGAUAUCCGCUGGCCUCUGGCAGGCUGUCUGCUCCUGGCCUGGCUCAUCGUCUACGCCUCUUUAGCCAAAGGAAUCAAGUCAUCCGGAAAGGUGGUGUAUUUCACAGCCACAUUUCCAUAUGUGGUGCUCGUCAUCCUGCUGAUCAGAGGAGUGACCCUCCCCGGUGCCUUCGACGGCAUCCUCUACUUUAUCACACCGAAGUGGGAGAAACUGAAUGAUGCAAAGGUGUGGAAAGACGCAGCCACUCAGAUCUUCUUUUCUCUGUCGGCUGCUUGGGGAGGCCUCAUUACUCUGUCUUCCUACAAUAAGUUCCACAAUAACUGCUACAGGGAUACUAUUAUUGUGACAUGUACAAACAGUGCCACCAGCAUAUUUGCUGGCUUUGUCAUCUUCUCGGUCAUUGGUUUCAUGGCACAUGAGUUGAAAGUGCCAAUAGAGAAGGUGGCCGAUGAAGGUCCAGGCAUAGCGUUUGUGGUGUAUCCAGAGGCUCUGACCAGACUUCCCCUGUCUCCUUUCUGGGCAAUCAUCUUCUUCCUCAUGCUUCUGACUCUCGGCCUAGAUACUAUGUUUGCCACCAUUGAGACCAUCGUAACCUCUGUGUCAGACGAGUUCCCCAAAUAUUUGAGGAAGCACAAACCGAUCUUCACCCUAGUCUGUUGCGCCUGCUUCUUCAUCCUGGGAUUUCCCAUGAUCACAGAGAGUGGGAUGUUCAUGCUGCAGUUGGUGGACACGUUCGCAGCCUCCUACUCUUUGGUCAUCAUUGCUAUCUUUGAGCUGGUGGGGAUUUCCUACCUCUAUGGUCUGCAGAGGUUUUGCGAGGACAUUGAAAUGAUGAUUGGUUUCCAGCCAAACCGAUUCUGGAGACUCUGCUGGGCUUUUGUGACUCCAACAAUUCUAACAGGUAUCCUGGGACUGAGUCUGUACCAGUGGAAAGUGAUGACAUAUGAGGACUACACCUACCCUACCUGGUCCAUGGUUAUGGGCUGGCUCAUGGUCAUUUGCUCUGUCAUCUGGAUCCCCAUCAUGUUCGUCAUUAAAAUGCACCUUGCCCCUGGCACCUUCAUCGAGCGUCUGAAGCUGGUCUGCUCCCCUCAGCCUGACUGGGGUCCUUUCCUGAUGAAACACCGUGGAGAACGCUACAAGAACAUGAUGGACCCUCUGGGAACCAACUCCCUGGGCCUCAAGCUGCCCCCCAAGGACUUCCAGCUCGGUUCCUACCAAUAGCGGUCUUCCUGACAGCCUCACACCCACCACCUACAACCCCUGCAGGGGGCACCGGGAGGGGGGUGACCUCCACCUCUUUUUCUCCCUUUCACCUCUCACUGUCUUUCUCCUGUCUGUACUUCACCCUCUUUGCUUCCUGUAGUCCUUCUUAUAUCAUGGAUGUGGAAACAGGCUCCCUUUCCUCUUCCUUCUCUUCUUCACCACUUAUUCUCUUCUGUCAGGGAGGAGUGGCUGCCCAGGUGGAGUCUACUCCUCCGCUGCUGCUUUGUACUCGGUUAAUGAGCUAUCAUUGCCUCCCACACAUGACCACUGAUUACUCCAGAACCCUUCCCAGGGAUCUUUAUUCCAAGAGAAAAAUUGUGUCAUUAAAUGACACAGCUCAGACUGCACUUGCAAUAUUAGACUCUCUGUAGCUGCUCCCUAUGGAGUUGUGUGUGUAUGUUUGUGUGUUUGUGUGUGCGUGUCCCAACAUAUUUGUGUGUAGAGAUAAUGAAUCAUCUUGGUGCAAGCAGACACAGGGAAACAAAAAGAAAAUUGAGCGACAGAGAAACAACGGUUCA